ACGCAGUCUGGCAGCGCUGAGCAUACGGCCAGAAACAAAAAGUCAUCUUCGAAGCGGCGUUUAGCAUUUUGCGAAUCUAAUUUACGCCCAUCUUUAUUACAGUGUCAAAUAUAACUAAUAAUGUCUAUUCUGGCCUAUAACGGAGGUUGCGUGGUCGCAAUGCGUGGUAAGGACUGCGUGGCUAUUGCAACGGAUCAUCGCUUUGGCGUGCAGGCACAAACCAUCUCCACAGACUUUAAAAAGGUGUUCCACAUUGCACCGCGGAUGUUCCUCGGACUGACUGGCCUGCAGACGGACAUAUUGACAGUACGCGAUCGUCUGAUGUUCCGCAAAAACAUAUACGAAACAAAGGAGAAUCGGGAGAUGGCACCCAAACCAUUUUCGGCUAUGCUGUCUAGUUUCCUGUACGAGCAUCGCUUUGGACCCUACUUCAUCGAGCCGGUGGUGGCAGGUCUGGAUCCAAAGACCAUGAAGCCCUUCAUCUGCAACAUGGACCUUAUUGGAUGCCCCAACGAGCCUGAUGACUUUGUGGUAGCUGGCACCUGUGCUGAGCAAUUGUAUGGCAUGUGCGAGACACUAUGGCGACCGGACUUGGAGCCGGAUCAGCUGUUCGAGGUCAUCGCUCAGUCGAUGGUGAAUGCUUUCGAUCGUGAUGCCAUGAGCGGUUGGGGCGCCACUGUCUACAUUAUCGAGAAGGACAAGAUAACGGAGCGCACGCUGAAGACUCGCAUGGAUUAGGCAUUUUUUUUUUUCGUAAAACAUGAUUGCAAAUAAAAUUUGUAAGGAAA